AUGGUUUGCCGAGGUACAGUUGACUGCAGAGAGAAACUUCAGUCGGAACUGCCUUCCACCAUCCCACAUAGAGCUACUGAAAUUCGCCUAGAACAGAACGAGAUAACGGAGGUCGGCGCCGGCGCGUUUUCGGCAGUGAAGCGAAUCGCGCGCAUCGACCUGAGCAACAACAAGAUCACGAAGUUAGCUGCGGAUGCGUUCACCGGACUAGCGCAUCUAACUUCAUUGGUUUUAUAUGGCAAUAAAAUCAAAGAGUUGCCUACAGGGAUUUUCCACGGCCUGUCCUCAUUACAGUUGCUAUUAUUGAAUUCGAACGAAAUAACCUGCGUACGAAAAGACACCUUCCGAGAUCUGCAGAACUUGAAAUUAUUAUCUCUUUACGAUAAUAACAUCAGGUCUCUUCCCAACGGCACUUUCGCCGCGUUAACCGGCAUACAGACUUUGCACUUAGGUCGCAAUCCGUUCGCCUGCGACUGCUCCUUACGCUGGCUGGCCGCCUACCUCCGCAAAAACCCCAACCUUGAGACUUCUGGAGCCAAGUGCGACUCCCCGAAGAGAAUGGCUCGCAAACGAAUAGAUGCACUCAGGGAGGACAACUUUAAAUGCAAACCCGGCGAAGAGUCAGCCAACGCGUGCGCCGACGCCGCGGCGUGCCCGGCGGCGUGCUCGUGCGAGUACGCCGUGCGCGCCGUCAGCGUCGCGUGCGCACGCCAGGGACUUGUGGAGGUGCCGAGGGAUCUGCCGCUCAACACUGACGCUUUGCUCUACAGUAAGACGUGUGUGGUGUCAGCGUGGCGUGCGCACGCCAGGGACUUGUGGAGGUUGAUGCCAGACAACAGUCUAGGACAGAUCAAGUCGGACGGACUAUUUGGUCGGCUUCCAGACCUGAUCAAACUGGACUUCAGGAACAACGGUAUAACAGUGAUUGAAGACAACGCGUUCGACGGCGCUGCCAACAUUCAAGAGUUGCUGCUGGACGGUAAUCUCCUGCAGACGGUCACCGACAAGAUGUUCUUUGGACUGCACAGUUUGGGCACUCUAUCUCUUACUGAUAACAAGAUUAGAUGCAUCACUCCAGCUGCCUUCGAUCACCUGACUAUGCUAUCCACACUAAACCUAGAAAGCAAUCCCCUGGAAUGCAACUGCCAUACUGCCUGGUUGGCGGGCUGGCUGCGCGUGCGCCGGCUCGCCCCGGGGGCCACAUGCGCGUCGCCGCCGCAGUUACGACAAGCGCAGUUACACGCCCUCGACCAGGCGGAUUUCAAGUGCGAACCGGAAGACAAAGGUUGUUUAGCAGCAGAUUACUGCCCCGUUCAGUGCUCGUGCACCGGCACGGUGGUGCGAUGCUCACGCGCACAACUGUCGGCUCUACCCAACAAUAUACCAAGGCAGACCACUGAAUUAUACCUAGAAUCCAACGAUAUAACCAGCAUCUCACCGGAACAGAUCCAGCAUCUAACGCAACUCACUCGCCUGGACGUGUCCAACAACAAGAUUGGCGUGCUCGCGAAUAACACCUUCCAGGGACUCACGAAACUGUCCACGCUUAUCGUCAGUUAUAACAAGCUGCGGUGUGUUCAGCGCGACGCCCUCAAAGGUCUGACACAGCUCCGCGUCCUGUCUCUCCACGGGAACAACAUCUCGAUGCUUGCUGAUGGCGUGUUCAGAGAUUUGGAGUCUAUUUCACACGUGGCCCUUGGCUCCAACCCCCUCUACUGCGACUGCUCGACCCGCUGGCUCUCCGAAUGGGCCAAGAACGCGGGCGAAUACGUCGAGCCCGGCAUAGCUCGCUGCGCCGACCCGCCCGCCAUGAGAGACAAGCUCAUACUGAGCACGCAAUCUUCAGCGUUCAUUUGCAAAGGCAAGCCGCCAUCCGACAUCGUGUCAAAAUGCGACCGCUGCUACAACAACCCGUGCCGCAACGGUGGCGCCUGCUCCGCCACCGCGUCCGGCGGCUUCAAAUGCCUGUGCGCGAGGGGCUUCCACGGCGCGACGUGCGACGCGCAGAUAGAUGCGUGCUACGGCGAACCGUGCGCGAACGGAGUGUGUCAACUGCUUGAGGAGGGUCGAUUCCACUGCUCAUGCCAGCCGGGCUACACCGGUGUGCGUUGUGAGGUCAAUAUAGACGACUGCGCAGCACACCGCUGCCAGAACAACGCGACAUGCAUCGACCAGUUGGAGGGGUACUCCUGCCAAUGUGCGCCUGGAUAUAUGGGCGACUUCUGCGAGAAGAAAAUCCCCUUCUGCACAUCAGAGUUCAACCCCUGCGCCAACGGCGCGACCUGCACCGACCAUGGCAGUCAUUACUCGUGCACCUGCCCACGGGGGUAUUCUGGACAGAACUGCACCACUAACGCUGAUGACUGCGUCAAUCAUAUGUGCCAGAAUGGCGCCACUUGCGUAGACGGCCUCGAUGAGUACAAAUGCGUCUGCUCCGCUGGCUACGCCGGCCGCUACUGCGAAGCCGCACCGCACGCCGCUCUGGGGACGUCACCGUGCGCCCAUCAUGACUGCGUGCACGGAGUGUGCUAUCUGCCCACGGCCGCGCUGGCGUUGCAGGACGACAUUAUGAUGGAGCGCAUGCACAACGCGCCGGGCGACUACCUCUGCAAGUGCGCGCCCGGCUACUCUGGCCGCCUCUGCGAGUACCUCACAUCGCUCACGUUUAACCACAAUGACUCAUUGGUUGAACUCGAGCCACUGCGCACGGCACCUCAAGCUAAUGUCACUCUCGUAUUCAGCACAACUCAGCACCACGGCGUGCUGAUGUAUUUCGGCGACAAUGAGCACCUCGCUGUUGAGCUGUUCAACGGUCGCAUACGCAUCAGCUACGAUGUCGGCAACCAUCCCACUUCUACAAUGUAUAGCUUUGAAAUGGUGUCGGACGGCGCGUACCACAAGGCGGAACUAGUCGCAGUAAAGAAAAACUUCACUUUGCGAGUCGAUGACGGUCCGGCACGCUCCAUCAUCAAUGAAGGCAACAAGGAAUACCUCCGUCUCGAGCGGCCUAUGUAUAUCGGCGGUGUGCCAGAAGAUGUCGCUAGGGACGCGUUCAGCAAGUGGCACCUCCGUAACAUUACCAGCUUUAGAGGUUGCGUGAAGGAAGCCUGGAUCAACCACAAGCGCGUGGACUUCGUGAACGCGGCGCGCGUGGCGCGCGCGGCCGCGGGGUGCGGGGAGGACGAGCCCGCCGCGCCGGCGCCGCCCGCCGUGCUGCAGGACCCGCACCACGCCCCGGAUCCAUGCGUUCCGAAUCCGUGCGCGCGCGGCGGGCGCUGCGUGCGCGAGGACGGGCCGGCGGACUACUCGUGCCGCUGCCGCGCGGGCACCGCCGGCGCGCAGUGCGAGCUACGGACAUCUAUCGGGGGCGCGCCUGUGAUCACUCAGAAGAUGCCGCAGCGUAAGAUGGCCAUCAACAACGUCCAGGCUUCACCAGCCGCCCCGUCUCACAAACAGCAAGCUGAGCACGCACCCGCCGCCGCACCCAAUGGAGCAUGUAGAAAGGAAGCGACUCGCGAAUACAUAGUGGAAGGUAGUUGCCGCAGCCGCCGCGCUGUCCGCUCCGCGCGCUGCGCCGGGACUAGGAACGGUUGCGGCAAGCAGCACUGCUGCGCGCCGCGCAAGACCAAGAAGAGGAAGGUGUGUGUCUCGCUCUAACACUGUCUCUAGCAUGUGCCGUCUCACUCGCCCUAAUACAUAGUGGAGGGUAGUUGCCGCGGCCGCCGCGCUGUCCGCUCCGCGCGCUGCGCCGGGACUAGGAACGGUUGCGGCAAGCAGCACUGCU